AUGAUAGGAGGACCCGGGUUCUAUCGGGGCACCAGCCGCGAACAGACGCCGUUCUUCAAAGACAAAGACGUCAAAAUCAUCGAGUCGAGGAAAUGGCCGGCUGUCUUCGAGGAACGCGUUGACAUGUCCAAGGUUAACGCGGACGUCAUGAAGGCGUGGGUCACGAGCAAACUCACGUCGAUCCUCGGCUUCGAAGAUGAUAUCGUGAGCUCCUACUGCAUGACGCAGCUGUACCCUGACGAAGCGAUGUCGCCCGACGUCGAUGCGCGCCAGAACUACCUCUGCCCGAAGAAGCUCGUGAUUUCCAUGACAGGCUUCAUCGGCAAGGGAGCCACACAGUUUGUCAAAGAACUGUGGGAGCUCCUCCUCGCCGCGCAGAAAGAGAAAAAUGGUAUCCCUCCGGCGUUCUUGGAGAACAAGAAGCUCGAGAUGCAACGAAAGCGAGAAGAGGCUGCGAAGAUCAACGAGGAGCUGAUUCGGCGCCACGAGCAGAUGAUGAAGGACGAGUUCAACAGGCAGGUGAAGGACAUCGCGACCGGCCACGCGCAGUCCAUGCCUCCCACAGUCCUCGCGGCGGCUGCGGCCGGGCCGCUGGAUCCUCUCGGCUUGACGGCUGCGACGAGUGGAACGAUGCGAGGCUGGGAUGGCGCGGGCACCUCCGAGCCAGUCAUCACAGUGCCGCAGGUCGACCUGCGCCCGCCAGAAGAGAACGAAGGAGAGCAAAUUCGCAGGCGCGCGCCGUCCUCGUCCAGGAGCGGAAGUGAGGAUUCCGACUACGGGCGCCGGCGUCGCCGCAGAGACCGCCGCUUCAAGGAACGGCAAAGGCGAGAUCACAGCUCCAGCAGAAGCCACAGCCGCUCUCCGCCCAGCCCGCCGAGCCGCGAGCGCAGCAGAAGCAGAGGUCGCGAUCGUGGUCGUGAAAGGAGGAGGCGAAGAUCCCGGUCCAGGGACCGACGAUAG